AUGACAAUGGUUGUACCAAAAGAAGGGUUCGUUACUAUGGUGAAGGACUCUGUUUCCUCUGCUCCUUCGGAGUCUCCUCUUCCUCUCCAGCCUCAGUUUCCUGACUUUACCAUUCCUGUUAAAGAUUUCUUCAAGUCUAGGGAAGCUCGUGAGUUUCUGAGUGGAGCUUUAGCUGGAGCUAUGACUAAAGCUGUCCUUGCUCCACUCGAGACAAUAAGAACAAGGAUGAUUGUUGGUGUUGGAUCAAGAACCAUUCCAGGUAGCUUUGUAGAAAUCAUACAGAAGCAAGGAUGGGUUGGUCUUUGGGCUGGCAACGAGAUCAACAUGAUUCGUAUCAUCCCAACUCAAGCCAUUGAGUUGAGCACUUUUGAGUGUGUGAAGCGUGUGAUGACAUCAGCACAAGAGAAGCUGAAGAAGAUUGAGCAGGCAAAGAUUGAGAUUGGUGAUUUUAGUUUCAGUCCGUCUAUAUCUUGGCUCUCUCCUGUUGCUGUUGCUGGUGCAGCUGCAGGUGUUGCUAGUACACUUGUUUGCCAUCCUCUUGAAGUCCUCAAGGAUAGAUUGACUGUGAGCCCUGAGAUUUAUCCAAGCUUAAGACUUGCAGUUCCAAGGAUUUUAAGAGACGAUGGAAUCCGUGGAUUCUAUGCUGGCUUGGGGCCAACACUGGUUGGGAUGCUUCCUUACAGCACAUGUUAUUACUUCAUGUAUGACACAAUGAAAACCACUUACUGCAAAUCCAAGAACAAGAAGGCUUUAAGCCGUCCAGAGAUGCUUCUUCUUGGAGCUUUAGCCGGUCUAACGGCUAGCACCAUUAGCUUCCCAUUGGAAGUGGCGAGGAAGCGGUUGAUGGUGGGAGCUCUGAAAGGAGAAUGCCCACCUAACAUGGUUGCGGCUAUAGCAGAAGUAGUGAAGGAAAGAGGAGUGAUGGGACUCUACAGAGGUUGGGGAGCAAGUUGUUUGAAAGUCAUGCCGUCUUCAGGCAUCACUUGGGUCUUCUAUGAAGCCUGGAAAGAUAUUUUACUCGCCUCCAACACCAAACCACUCAUAUAA